CCUCUGCAUCGUCAAGCCGGAGCAGGGGGCUCCAUCAUCGUAAGAGCAGGGGGGCUUGGCCGUUGUUGUGAAUGAGGGCCAGCAUGACGUCAGGAAGCCAAUGUCAACAAUGCAGCUCCUAGAGGAGAAAAGGCGUUUCAUCCUAACACACACACACAGGAGACCCAUCUACCAUACACCGACUGAUGCCUACGGUCCAUUAAAAGCAGCGGUUUCUGUCUGUCCGAGGACUGCGGAAAUAAACAACAACUACAACAACAAUGUGGACUCACUCUUAUUUCUGAGGGAUUGAACGCAGACGAGCAGGGAAAAACGGGGUGCUAGAGAGAGUGAUGUCGGCAGGCGAGGAGAGGGGCAGUGAGGCGGCAGCGCCUGUAUACGUGUAUGAAUCCAAGGUCCAUUGUGCCAACGUGCUGUUGAGCCUGGAGGAGCAGCGGCGGCAGGGCAUCCUGUGCGACGUGACCGUGUUGGUGGAGGGUAGGGAGGUACGCGCACACAGGGCCGUCCUUGCCGCUAGCAGCCGCUACUUCCUGCAGGCCUUGCUGGGUCACAACGGGUCACCAGGCGAAACAGAGCCCAUCAUUAACCUGCCAGACAAGGUGACAGCAAAGGGUUUUGCUCCACUGCUCCAAUUUGCCUAUACAGCCAAGCUGGUUUUAAGUCGGGAAAACAUCCAUGAGGUCAUCCUGUGCGCCGACUUCCUGGGUGUUCACAAUUUGGAGGACUCUUGCUUUCGGUUCCUUCAAGCCCAGCUACAGAAUGACAGCCAAAUUGCCACCAAUGGCAAGGUGGAUUAUGGUGAUGACAUUACGGCCGAGGGAGCAGUCUUUCCUGAGACAAUAUCCUCAGACGAUUCUGCAGAGACAAGGCAGCAAACCAAUCAUAUAGCAAGCACUGCGUCACUUCCUGCUGACCUUUCUCAAUGUCCUAAGUACAGGAAGUAUCAGUACCAGAUCUGUGAUAACAAGCACAAUGGAGAAAACCAUCAUGGCAUCGAUGAUGCCAACCAUACCUCAGUCAGCCCUGUGAGCUCACAGCUCAGAGACAGCAGUGCUGUUCUACAAACUCUUCUUACACCCUCCAGGAUCAAAGAGGAGCCAUUUGUGUUUGAGGAAGAAGGAGAUGAAAGGAGUGGUUGCAACCCAGAAUUGUGUACUGAAGAGGUACUGGAGAUGGAGCUGGAGGUAGAAGGGGUUCCAGUAGCAGCUGAGCACUCUCCGAGUCGAGGUUCACCCUCUUCCUGCCUGCGCUCCUACCUCCAGAGAGGCGGCCUAGAUCUCAGCGGCAUGCCCAGCACCACCAUCCAGCAGCUACUCACCAACAGACUGUCCCUCAACCACUACAGGGAACUGGUCAAAGACAGGCAGAGGGAUAAGAGGGAAUCUCUGGGUCGCGUGGACCUCAAGACUGGCAUUGCAGAUGUCAUACCAGCAGCACUGACUGGCACUGGCAAGAAUGUGGAAAGGCCAGCCUCUAAAGCCUCCUCUUCUAAACAUGAGGGGGAGCUAGACAGAGCCAGUGUCAUUUUCUCUUCAGCAGCUGGCGAGCGACAAAUGUUGGCCCAUUCUUACAUGGAUGAUAAGUUCAGAGAAAAAGUCUCAACCCUGAUGCAGGUAGAGGCUCCCUCUUCUGGUCGGUCAUGCCUCACCACCAGCUGCCCUGUUCCCAUCCAAACAUCAGUCCAUUCCUCUCCCCCAUCUGAGCCCCGAACCCAGACUUCCAGCUCCCGUUCCUCAUUCUCUUACCCAGAGGACGCAGGCAGUGGUAGCUCACCUUCCAGCCUUCCCCAGUUUGACUUCUCCUCAUCCCCACACUCAGGCUCCACCUCUGGACUGUCUCACUGCCUGGCUGGGGUAGUGGAGCAGAGGAACCCCCACAGCGGGGAGGUGGUCUUCUCUCAGGGUUGCACCAGUAUCAAAAGUGAACAGGGAUUUGGUGCCAGCGGCGGCAACUCAAGUGACGAAUCAGGCUCGUUCUCAGAGGGAGACAGUGAAAGUGGUGUCUCUAGAGUCUCUGGCCCUGAGGUAAAGUUGCCCUUCCCUGUGGACCAGAUCACCAACCUGCCACGCAAUGACUUCCAGAUCCUCAUCAAGAUGCACAAGCUGACCUCAGAGCAGCUAGAAUUCAUCCAUGAUAUCCGCCGGCGCAGCAAAAACCGCAUCGCCGCCCAACGCUGUCGCAAGAGGAAGCUGGACUGCAUCCAGAACCUGGAGUGCGAAAUCCGCAAACUGGUGUGCGAGAAAGAGAAGCUGCUGAGCGAGCGCAACCAGUUGAAGGUUUGUAUGUCGGAGCUGUGGCAGAACCUGUCUUUCCUCUCCCAGCAAGUGUGCAGGGAGGUGCAGGGCACUCAGCCGCCUUCCAUCUCCGCCAGCAUUGACCUCACAUCUAACCCACCGUCACCUUCUUCUGACGAGGGCUCGUCACAGCCCAGGUCGCCCGUGUCACAACAGAGCGAUACUGCGUGUCUGUCUGAUGUGGGUCCCAGUCAGGGGCAAGUGGAGGAUAGGCAGCCUGGGGUGGAGGUGUCAGGUCUGGGGCAGGAGAACCCUGAGUGUCCGCUGGUGCUGGGAUCCACUGAGGAAGUAUGUAGCCCCACUGUAACAGUGGAUUUCUGUCAGGAAAUGACUGAGAAAUGUACAACAGAGGAACAGAAGAGACAGAACUGUACUUAGAGUCUGGUGGCAAACACUUUGGUCUGUGACACACUUCUACUUGUCUAUACCUUGAUAUUUGAAGUAUUUUUGUUCUUUUUUUGUAAUGGAUGACACAAGCGUUGUCUUAUCAGCAAUAUUGUUCAACAGGUAUUUUUGGACUGGUGAUAAACAGAAGCACUGGCAGCUUUCUCUCUCUUUCUUUCUGUCUCUGUCUCAUCCUGACUUCUUCUUCCCGUCAGCUUCCCUCCCUCUCUCGUGCAUCAUGGGAGGUUCAACUCAGGAAUUCCUCAGAAUGUUCACUUAUGUCCCUGUUAACAUGUACAUGCACUUUACUUUACAGUCCUGUCAAAUCUGGAUAAUUACUUCUCUACGUACAACUGAUUUGUAGUCAAUAGAAUUAAUCAUUUAAUGAUAUGAAUAAUUUUAAUAAGUCAUAUUUGACCUCUGAGUCAGCGUCUGUCACUUCUACUUCACUGAAGCAUUGGUUCAUUGCUUUUAGUAUCAUAUGCUUAUUGUCUUUCUCUCUGAGAGUGAGAUGUUCAGACAGUCCAAAAAAGAACAGAGCUGGAGCCUAGCUUAGCAUAAAGCCUGGCUCAGUCCAAAGUAAAAAAAAAAAAACAACCUGCCUGUCAGCAACUCUAAUGCUGGGUUCAGACUACACAACAUCACUAAUCUGACAUCACUAUGUAAGAUUAAGUGAUUGUGGAGUCAUAAAAUCUUGCCGUGACUCGGCUGACAGACAUGACAGUCUCCACGUUCGUCCAUGACCAAUCAUCCGGGGUUGUCUUUCAUGACGUGCGUGAUGCCAUCGGAUUAUUCUUGACCUAUUUUCAUCCCUAUUACUAUUAUUAUUUCAGUCACUGUGACUGUUAUUGUAGUGAUGUAACAAGUGUCACCAGAUGGCAGGAGCUUCAUUUGAAGCUCAUGAAAAUGACGCAAGUCACUGAAUCCUCCCCAACAAGUUCCUGCAAAUGUUUCACAAUAAAAGCCUUUUCAG